AAGAGACGGGAGUGCCUUCGACGAUUUGUUUUUAAAAUGUUUUGAAAAAUAAACGCCCCAAAUACAACAAAAUGAUGUAAACGGGGUAUUAUUUUCAAUAAAAGCGAAUGGACUCCUCGAAUUCGUAGGAAACUUUUGAAGAAAUUGUGAAAAGUUUUUAGUACGUAUUGUGUCGGUAUCGUCCCAAAAUUGCAUAACAGUGCAAAUAAGAGAUUCUACCACGGUCAAUACGUGAGCAGCAGCAGUAUUCCGUCCAUUGGCAGCGUGUGUUUCUGUGUGUGUGUGAGAGAGAGAUUAAGAGCGCGUGAGCAAGAGAGAAUAAAAAAUUGACGACGUCGACAAUGAUUUGAUUUGGUUUACAAUUCGUUAACAUAAAAAACUUGUUAAUUGAAAGAGUACCAAACAGAAAAUAAAGAGCAGUGGAGUUGUGUUGCUGCGAGUUAAUAAAAAAUAGUAGUAAUUACACAAUAUUCAAAAAUGUUUUAUUCAAUUCUAUAAGAUAAUAAACAUCACCAUACACAUCACUCUAAGUGCAAAUACCCACCGACCUAUCGAAUGUUUUUACCUACGCAAUACCAAACAAAUUUAAAUUAAAAAUGACUCGCUGAAUUCAUCAUCCAAUAAUCAAUUCCAAACAAAAACCAAUCGCACAGUAAAUUUAACAUUUCAAACCAGUUAAUGCAGUAUAAAUUGUACAAAUUUGUGUAAUAACACAAUCCAAAAUUUUAAAACAUUUAUCCGAAGCACGAAGCUGACAACACUGACAAUAGAAGAGUAAAUUCAAAACCAUAAACAAAACAUUAAGAGUAAAACAUACAACAUUUGUGUUUGCGCUCAAAUUACAAAAGUAAAAAAAUUAUAUCAAAACAAAUCCAAUAAGCAGUACUACUGUGCGUAUGGUAAGCAUAAGUUGAAAGAGGACACAACGAAUAAUUGGUUUAUGUGUGUUGGUUGCUGUCGUUUGAAAUUGGGGAGAAUAGCAUAUCUUCAAAGUCUAUUGCCUAUUGAAGAGCAAACCAGCUGCGAUUCCGCAGUCAUACGUCGAAGGACAUGGCCGUAUUUUUAAUAAACAUCUGUAAAUUUAAUGGCUGCGGAAUCACAUUUCCAAGUUUAGGAGAUUUAAUACAACAUAUUGAGGAUACUCAUAUUGAUUAUGAUCCUAAAGUAGUUGAACAGAAAGAGCAGGCACAACCUGCUUGUCUCCCAUUGAGUUAUGUAUUGCGCUUCAUAUCUGAAGAUGCACGUAAGGAGAACUUCCUUGCCGCUGGUAAUGCUGCGGGCGUUGAACUUAAACGAAAGAUAGCAAUCAAACAUCAUAGCUAUAGUAUGUCAUCAUCGAAUCGUAGCAAUACUCCCACUGGCAGUGAAAUGGAUGAAGAUGAAAUAGUUGCUUCAGACUCAGAGGAUUCAAAUGAUUCUUGGACAACAGAAGAAUUUAGCUCAGAAUUUAUUAUGCGCUAUGGGAGCAGGCACUCUGGUCCCACUGCCAAUGGAGGAAUCGGUAAUGAAAAACCAUUUGCUUGUCCAGUACCGGGUUGUAAAAAACGUUAUAAAAAUGUAAAUGGCAUAAAAUAUCACUCUAAAAAUGGACAUAAGAAAGAUGGAAAGGUACGGAAAGGCUAUAAGUGUCAUUGUGGCAAAAGCUAUAAGACAGCGCAGGGACUAAAAAAUCAUGCCAUUGUUGCACACAACUCCACCCCAGAUACCAUACUAACGCAACAGAAUGUUGUUAAUGUUGUCAGUAACACUCAGCUUUUACAACGUAGUGGUUCACCCUCACAAUCGAUGGGUUCACUUAGUCCCUCAAGUAUUAGUAAUAUGUCAAGUAGUGCGAGUAGUUGUCAUGGUGGCAGUACAAACUUGCAUAAUGGAAACAACUCAACUGUUGUGCAGCAUUUAUCAAAUAAUAUUGCGGGUAAUAAUGGUUUGACAGCAAUUACCGCAGCGAAUAUUAGUUUACAACAUCAACAUCAACAUCAACAACAGCAAACCCAAACAACACAGCCGCAUUUAACUAUCAGCAACAGUAUCAAUAACCAUGGUCAAACUGUACUAGGCACUGGUAACAAUAAUAUUGUGCGUAGCACCAUUGGUUUUAUAAAAACCAACAACAGUACAUCAGUAGGAACAACAACAAUCAAAACGGCUUCAGCAACAAAUUUACUGGCAGCAAAUGCAGCAGCUAGUAAGAUAUUAAAACUAGCAACAAAUGCAGCAGCAGCUGGAAAUAACAACAUUGUUGAAUUAACACAACAGCAUAAAUUACAACAAACUGUAGAAAGUUUAAAUAAUAAGCAAUUGCAGACAAAAUUGCAAUUACAACAAUCACCACAAACAACACCUACCAAAAUAACAUUACCGCCUAAUUUAGUAAAUUUAGGUAUUCUAACACCAGCAACAUCACCAACAAAAUCCACACAAUCUAUAACAUUCACUCAGCAACAGAAUAAUACAAUAACAAAUUUAACUGCAGCAAAUUUGUUGCAGCAAAAAAUACAGAAUGGUAGCAAUAGUAAUAGCAACAGCAACAACAAUUGCACUAACAACAUACACAAUACACCCAGUCAUAAUACAACUAAAACGAAUAUAUUAUUAGUAGAACAAAGUCCAACAACUCCAACGCAACAGCAACACAAUCUUCCAUUGACUCCUAUAAGUCCUAACAACACACCAGUACAACAGAAAAGUGUUGCCAGUGCUUUGACUGCCGCAUUGCAACAGCAUAAGAAACAAAGCAUUGUUGGCAGCAUACAUCUGACCAGUGUCACUACAACCACAACCACAUCAAAUGUAGGCAAUGCUAAUGGCAAUGGCAUUGGCAACAGUAGCAGUAAUGGCAACGCUUGCAACACUUCCAGUAUAACCAACAAUUGCAACAAAUCCAUAAUCAAUGCGUUAUCGAAUGCAGUUGUUGCUGCCGCCGAUGCUGGUGCUAUUGCUAUCAGCGACGAAACGUAGCCUAUACUAAAGAAACUACUAAUGCGCAGAAAGUUUAAAUAGAAAGGUUGCUUUCCUUGGUUAAUCUUGGUUAAUAAUUUUUUAAUUUUUUAAACAGAAAAGACUUUUUGGUUUUAACUAUAGAAAAUGAAAUAAACAAAACCUUUUGGCAAAUGAUAAUAUUUGAACCUGUUGAAAAGGCAAAAAAAAGCCGCCACACAGUCGAUCACUAAGUUCCUUAAGAUAAUUUAGCAUCAAUUUUAAAUAAUUUUUAGUUAGUACUAUUUUUAAAAUUAAUAUUAGUGCUGUAUGUAAAGCCUAUAUUAGAAUUCUAUUUUUGAACUACUCAAAAUCAAUUACACAUUUUUUUGUGGAGUCAUGCAAUAUAACACCAAACAAAAUUUCGUGGUGGAGGAGAGGGAAUGUGAAAUUUUAUUAUUCUACAACUAAUGAAUUAUGUAUUAGAAACCUAUUAUAAUGCAGUGAAAGCUCUCUUAUGUGGAGACUAACGGGAAUAGCGAUUCAAUACGGUUAAGAUAGAAUAGAUUUUUUAGUCUACAACUAAGAAACUAUGUAUUAGAAAAUUAUUAACACACAACAAAAGUUAUACAGAUAAGAUAACACAUUAUAUAUGAUAAAUUAAAACCGAGAACUAUUAACCUUGUACGGUUAAUAGGUGUGUGUUCAUAAGAGUUUCUGUGUAACAGAGCUUUCACUGUAAACAUAAUGUAUUUUAUUUAAAAUACUUUUGCAAAUAUAAGAUAAAUUUGUUAUAUUUCUCCUUCCAAGACGGCUGGAGUCACUUGUCGAGUUCGCAGAACCAGUGCUGUUCGUUACAUUCAAAAGGGACUGCACGAACAGAUCCCUGCGGGCUACAACAAUAUAUUUCUCUUUCAAUUUAUAAUAUGAAAAUGUAAUUAUAGAACAAUCGACACAAUAGAAUACAUAAUUUUAACUAUUAACUAAUUUUUGUAAAAUUAAAAGUCAAUAUAUAUUUUAUGUUGAUUAAUUUAUAUUCUGCAGAUAUAUUUAAGGUAUUUUUACA